AUGGGCAAUGAAUCGUCGGCGUUGGUGAAAUUUCGGCGAGGAAGUAAGGAUAAACAACAUCCGAUUAUUAUGGAAUAUGAUGAACGAAGUGUUACGCCCACGUACAAAAAGAACCCGAAACCACCACGAAGCGUUAGCCAUAGUCGAUGUUCAUCAAAUGAAAUACGGAAAUUAUCGCCGCCUAAAUGGAAAAACGAUUCGGAUACGGUAUCAACGAAAAGUUUAACUCAACGUGGACAAUUGACAGCGAAUAAUGAUUCGAUGGAUUCGUUUCUGAUGCCACCGACACCGGAUCGAAAACGAAGUCGUAGCUUAUGUGCGACUCAGAUGAUUCACGACACACAGGCAGCUGUGGCACAGAAAAUGCAGGAAGAUUCGAGAAAUCCCGGUACGACGGGUGCGGCAACGAUGACGAACGGUGGUCGUAAAACAUCGACUGGUCUUGUUCCGUCACUAAAUCGACUACGAAUUCAACAAUGUUUCAAAGUAGCACGGCCAACGAUUGGCGAUGCGAUCCUGAAACGUGCGGCAAGCAAUCGUGUCGAUAUGCGUACAUUUCUAAGCCGACUAAACGAUCAACAACUUGAACAUAUGGGAAAACAGUUCUAUUCGCUUAUCGCCGAAUCGAUCGAGAAUAUCGAUCGACCAGAAGUGGUUCAACAACUUGCACGAGGAUUCGGUGAGAGCUAUGCUGCGCUGUGUCAAAUCGGUUUUCGACCCGAUUUUUUCGCUGCGCUAGCUGAUGCCGCAAUUGCAGAAUGUGUUAAACUUGACGGAGGAACACAUAAAAGGUGUGAGACACUUUUGGCAUGGAGCCAACUGAUCGCUGCGAUUUUCACGUCUGUCCGGGACGGGUACUACAGUCGUGUGCGCUAUCAAAGACGGUCCUCGCUUCCACAAAGCACCAUCACCAAGCAGUUAUCGAUGAAUUUCUCGAAGAGUGUCGAUCAAGAUGCGUACAUUCGCUAA